AUGGGCUUAAUACCAACACAAGCGUCCCCAUUUAAAAAGUCUCCUAAUGCUCAGGCUGAUUGGGUCAUCCUGUUGGAGAACGGUGAUCAGCCAAUUGAUUAUAGUUUAAUGAGCAAAGUGUCUAAUAGGAAUCAUACAGAAAUGACUGAAUUUAUUCUCCUGGGGCUGAAGGUUCAAGCAGAAAUGUGUCCUAUCCUCUUUGUAAUGUUUCUUGCCAUCUACCUCAUCACCGUGGUGGGGAAUGUCGGCAUGAUUGUUCUUAUUCGAAUCAUUCCCAGACUGCACAAUCCCAUGUACUUUUUCUUCAGCCACCUCUCCUUCGUGGAUCUAUGCUAUGCCACCAAUAUCUCCUCUCAGAUGCUGGUGCAUUUCUUAUCAGAGAAGAAGACCAUUUUCUUUAUUGGUUAUUUCAUUCAGUUUACUAUUUUCAUCUCUCUGGCCAUCACCAAAUACUGUCUGCUAACGGUCAUGGCUUAUGACCACUACGUGGCAAUUUGCAGCCCUCCUUACAGCAGCAAAAUGUCUAGGGGAGUUUGCAUCGGUCUGGUGAUGGCUCCAUAUGUCUAUGGUUUCCUUAAUGGCUUGAUCCAGACGUUGCUGAUGCUUCAUUUGUCAUUUUGCGGUUCUAAUGACGUCAAUCAUUUCUACUGUACAGAUCCUCCUCUCUUACUACUUCUGUCUUGCUCUGACACCUUCGUAAAAGAAACUGCCAUGUUUGUGGUUGCUGGUUUCAACCUCAUCUGCUCUCUCUUGAUCAUUCUCAUCUCCUAUGGUUUCAUCUUUGCUGCCAUCCUGAGGAUCCGUUCAGCUGGGAGCAGACUCAAAGCCUUCUCCACCUGUGGCUCCCACCUGAACAAUGUCACCAUAUUUUAUGGGACUCUUCUCUGUAUGCAUCUAACACUUCACACCGAGUGGUCGGUUGAACAGGGGAAAAUCGUUGCUCUCUUUUAUACGUUUUUGUGCCCCAUGUUGAACCCUUUCAUAUACAUCAGGAGGAAUAAUGAUGUGAAGGAUGCAGAGUUCUCAAAUUUCAAUUGUUGA